AUGCCGCAAACUCAGGGUCCUAACGGAUCCUCCGCCUUCCCCGAUGCGACAACUCAACCCUCACCAUUCGGCGGUGCUGCUCCGCCUCUAGCACUUCAACGAUCCACGAGCCACGAUGAUAGCAACGCAAGACGCCCUUCAAGUGCCCCUGGUAACAAACAGAAUCUGGCCGCCGGGUUCUCUACCGGCGAACAAUCGGAUUCAGAUCGACCGAAGCGGCCAUCUGUGAAGCCACUGCUUAUGCGAUCCAAGAGCGAAUUUGGAGUCAGCCGCCCUGAAGAAGUUGACCACUCCGAGGAAGAAAUUCCUCAUUGGGGCGCCAGACACGGAUUCGAUGAAUACCACGAGUCGCCGGAAAUCCUGGCCCAGAUAGCAAAUACAUUUCAGACGAUGCAGUCUCCUGGGUUGAUGGGGCCGACAGCCGUAUUGGCAAUCUUGGAUUCAGACGAGCCUGCGUGUGACAACAUCGCUUCUUUGCGCCAUUGGGACUCGCUGGUUUCAACUCGCAUCCUGAACCGUGCUGACUCCUUUCUCCAGAAUUGGUACAUGUAUUGGACCGACAAACGACACGAGACAACCGGCAAGCCCAAGGCGACAUUACACAAGCUGCAGGACUGGCGCAUGCGAGAUAGACUUAAGACGGUAUCUGCUGCGUUGGCCGUCUGCCUUAAUAUUUCAGUCGAGCCUCCCGACCAGCUUAAGACGAACCCGGGCGCCAAACUGGAAGCAUGGACAGACCCUACAACGCCGCCACCUCAGAAGGCCCUUGAGAACAUCGGCAAAGCCCUUCAGGCGCAGUACGAGACACUGGCUAUACGCACAAGAUACAAGCAGUACCUCGAUCCGUCGGUGGAAGAGACGAAGAAGUUCUGCCAGUCCCUGCGUAGAAACGCGAAGGAUGAGCGGGUUCUUCUUCAUUACAACGGCCACGGAGUGCCUAAGCCCACUGCGAGUGGCGAGAUCUGGGUUUUUAAUAAGAACUACACUCAGUACAUCCCAGUGUCGCUCUACGAUCUUCAACAGUGGCUUCACGCCCCUACGAUUUACGUCUGGGACUGUUCCGAAGCCGGCAACAUCCUUAACAACUACCACAGAUUUGUCGAGAAGCACGAACAAGAAGAGGAUGAAGCUGCCGCGAGAGAUCCUAAUUACGAGAAGACCGUAUUUCAGCCCUAUAUCCACUUAGCUGCCUGCGGCGUUAAGGAGAAUCUCCCCACCAACCCUCUCCUCCCAGCCGACCUAUUCACGGCAUGUCUCACUACUCCUAUCGAGAUGGCUCUCUGGUUCUUCGUUCUCCAGAACCCUCUCAAGACAAAUCUUACACCAGAGCGCGCCAAGAAGCUGCCCGGCAGGCUACAGGAGAGAAGAACACCACUCGGCGAGUUAAACUGGAUCUUCACAGCCAUCACGGAUACUAUCGCUUGGACUACGCUGCCCCGACACCUAUUCCGAAAGUUUUUCAGGCAGGACCUUAUGGUGGCCGCUCUCUUCCGCAAUUUUCUUCUGGCCCAGAGAAUCAUGUCCGUCUAUGGGUGCCACCCGCAGUCUUUUCCCGAGCUCCCUGAGACCCGGCAGCACCCAUUGUGGGCAAGCUGGGACUUGGCCGUGGAUAUGGCUCUAGCCCAACUGCCUAUGCUGGAGAGAAAGGAGAACGAAGGUCUCGAGUACGAGUACCAGAACUCAACCUUCUUCACCGAACAACUAACAGCAUUCGACGUUUACUUGACUCGUGGUGAUGCCCUAUCUCAGAGGCCUCCUGAGCAGCUUCCAGUGGUGCUGCAAGUUCUGCUGAGCCAACAGCACAGAGUCAGAGCGCUCAUCUUGCUCGGAAGAUUCCUCGACCUGGGCCCAUGGGCAGUCCAGCUUGCCCUGAGCAUAGGCAUCUUCCCAUAUGUCCUCAAGUUGUUGCAGUCCGCUGCCGCAGAACUGAAGCCGGUCAUGAUCUUCAUUUGGACCCGUAUUCUGGCUGUGGAUAUUUCAUGCCAGCAGGACCUUAUCAAGGACAGCGGAUACAACUACUUUGCCCAGAUAUUGAAGCCAUCCGAGGGUUUGCCAGUCGUUAACGAAGCUGAGCAUAAGGCGAUGUGCGCUUUCAUUCUAUCGAUGCUCUGCAAGGAUUACAAGCCAGGGCAGCAUGUGUGCAACCAAACCGACAUAAUGACUUACUGCUUAAUACACCUGCAGAAUCAGGAGAACCCACUCCUGCGCCAGUGGUCUUGUCUAUGCAUCAGUCAGCUGUGGCAGGAACUUCCAGAGGCCAAAUGGCGUGGUAUUCGAGAGAAUGCGCCGGCCAAGUUGUCAUUUCUGACAAAGGAUCCCGUUCCCGAAGUCAGAGCUGCCAUGGUGUAUUCCAUGACUACUUUCCUGGGCAUCAUCGACCUAACGGAUGAGGUCGCUCGGAUCGAAGAAUCCAUCGCCUGGACACUAUUAGACAUGGCUAACGACGGAAGUCCAAUGGUCCGUCGCGAGUUCCUUGUCUUCCUCUCAAGGUUCAUUCUGCGCUUUGAGAGCAAGUUCAUUGUCGCUGCUUAUGAACAGCUCCAAGAAGAAAGGGAAUAUCUACUGUUCCCUCCCGGCCAGGAUGGCAUGGAUCACAAGAUGGGCCUGCAUUAUGCACGGAAAGAAAACAGAAAUGCAGACGGCACCAUCAAGCCCAACGUUCACGGUUUCGCUCACAAUACCGUCUUCUCAGCCUGCUGGAAGCAUGCUCUGAUGCUGAAUGUUGACCCUCAUCCUGAGGUUCAGCGUGACGCUACAGUAAUUGUGGACCACGUCCACCAAGCUGUGAUGGCUUCGCCUGUUGGUGAGCAUGCGCAGAGCCUCAUCGAUGACAUCCGAAAGAGGGCGAAGCGUGCAUCGACAAAGAACCACUUGCACUUGAGCCAAAGAAGUAAUGCGAUUGGCGUUUCUAACUCUUUGGCUACUCCACCACUGCCAUCUCCUGGCCUGUUGCGUCGCACGGCGAGCUUGCUUUUCCAGCUGCCACUAUUUGGUAACGAUGGAAAGGCCGAUGCCAGCGAAAAGCCAAACUACUCUUCUCCGGCACCCUCGCCCGGUCUACAUAGGGUUGGCUCCCAGAAGAUCAAGGCCCCUGAGCUUGCUGAAGCGCCACCAGAACAGAGCGACCCAACGGCCAUCCAUGCCAAUUAUCACAUUGCCAAAGAGCCCGUCUCCACUGGUUUUGAGGACCGUAAGCUGGGCGAGGCACCAGCGAUGCCGCUGCAAAGUUCUUUCCUGGAGUGGUCUAUUGAGUACUUCUGCGAGCCUCAGAUGAAGCCGAGCGAGUCAGACGAACCCGGCAGCACUGAGUACAACGAACGUCUCUGGAGAAGAUCCCGGAAUGACUUCAUCUUGACAGAGACGCAACCACUCAAGCAGUUCGCCGGUAGCCACAAGUGGAAUAAUCAGCUGGGCAUCACCAACAAUGGCUCGCAACCCGCCAAACUCACAUUCCACCAGUUUGAAGACCAGCUUGCGGUUGCAGACGAUGGUAAUACGGUGUGCGUUUGGGAUUGGAAGAAGCAUGCACGGCUGAGCAAGUUUUCCAAUGGAAAUCCUGAAGGGUCGAGGAUCAGUGACAUGAAGUUCAUCAACGAAGACGACCAGGCAUUCCUGAUGACUGGCUCGUCAGAUGGAGUCCUCCGUAUCUACCAAAACUACGAUUCCGACAGAUCCAUCAACCUGGCCUCCUCUUGGCGAGCCCUUACGCACAUGGUGCCUAGUAAUGUCAACUCUGGUAUGGUGUUCGACUGGCAGCAGUCGCUCGGCCGCGUACUUGUGGCUGGCGAUGUGCGUGUCAUUCGGGUGUGGUCUGCUGGCGCUGAGAAAUGCGUCAUUGACAUUCCCGCUCGGUCUGGUUCCUGCGUCACGUCUUUGACAUCUGACCAGAUGACCGGUCACACAGUUGUGGCAGGAUUCGGGGACGGCGCUGUCCGCGUUUUCGACACCCGUAUCAGGCCUCAGGAUUCCAUGAUCAAGAAGUGGAAGGACGAAACGGAUAGGCAAUGGAUCAAGAGCGUUCACCUGCAGCGCGGCGGACAACGCGAACUGCUCAGCGCAAGCAGAAACGGAAAGGUCAAAUUGUGGGAUAUUCGCAUGGAUCGACCUCUUCACGUUUACCAAACCACUCGAGACACGCUUCGAACAGCCAGCACGCAUGAACAUCUGCCGGUGUUUGCUGUUGGCACAUCUGCACAUGCCGUGAAGGUCUUUAACUUCGACGGUCAAGAGUUGUCCCGUGUCGAGCCUUACUCAAGCUUCCUUCAACAGAACAGGGGCUCUCCCAUUGCAGCAACUGCCUUCCACCCGCACAAGCCAAUCUUGGCUUGCGCUGCUCGUGGAGACUACCACGUCAACCUCUUUACUUGCGAGAAGUCCGAGCCCCAAUCCCUGGUUGCCUAG